AUGAACGUGCUGACCCUUCUUUUCUUUCUUUCUGUGGCCUACGCCUAUGCCAAUCCUGGCCCCUGUUCCGGUAACUGUUGGACGCAUGAUCCAGGAUUCUUCCAGCGCGUAUCCGACGGCAAGUAUUUUCGCUUCGCCACGGGGAACGGCAUCCACGUCGCCUCGGCCGAUUCGAUAGAAGGGCCCUGGAAAGAGGACGGAUAUGUCUUUCCCCAUGGUUCGUCCAUUGACCACCCGGGGAACGACGAUCUCUGGGCCCCCGAUGUCCACUACGAAAGCGGCCAGUAUUUCAUGUACUACUCGGUGUCUACCCUCGGCUCCCAGGACUCAAUCAUCGGAGUGGCCACGUCCCCCUCGAUGGAGGUGGGUACCUGGACCGACCACGGAUGGAUUGGACUGUCAUCAACGUCGCAGAAGCCCUAUAACACCAUCGAUGCCAACUGGGUGCGCAUCGGCGGGAAACCCUAUCUGAACUGGGGAUCGUACUGGCAUGGUCUAUACCAGGUCCCCAUGGCCACGCCGCUGGACCUGAGCCAUCAGACCCCGACAAAUAUCGCCUACAAUGCGACGGGCAACCACGACAUCGAGGCAAGUUUCAUGUUCGAGCAUGACGGAUGGUACUAUUUGACAUUUUCGUCAGGGAAGACGGGAGAUUAUGACCAGCAGGAACUAGCUCCAGGAGAUGAAUACCGCAUUGUUGUGUGUCGGUCAAAGAGUGGGACUGGCGGAUUUGUCGAUCAAAAAGGCAGAUCAUGCCUGGAAAGUGGAGGCACCACGCUACUCGCCAGCCAUGGGAAAGUCUACGGCCCGGGAGGACAGGGCAUCGCCAAUGACAAGAAGCUAGGUCUCGUGCUGUAUUAUCACUAUACUGACACUUCGAUUGGGUUGUCUACCGACCAGUACCAGUUUGGAUGGAAUCAGCUGCGGUGGAAGGAUGGAUGGCCGGUGGUAUAA